GGGGGCCCGGGGGGGAUCCCGGGGGUCCCGGGCCGCGAUCCCUUUGGAACCCCGGUGCUGCCCGGUGCGGCGCCUCCUCGGCCUCUUUGCCUUUGCUUCUUGUCUUUUUGGUUAAUUGCGGUUUUUUAAAAAAUCGGCGGACAGAAAGCGGGCAAGGAGGGGAGCAGAAAACAGCAGCCCUGAGAGUCCCGCCGGCCUGAGGGGCGGGCGCGGUGUGGGGGUUUUCCCCAGACCAGCCCCAGCGAUGCUGCCCGGCCCAAGCGGAGCUGGCGGGAGACGGAAAUUCCGUCAGCAUCCGCUGCUGCCCGUGCAUUCCGUGAGGCGGGCGAGCCCCGCGGGCGGUGGGAGCCUUUCCCUGGGCAGAGCCCUCCUUGUCCGCCGGCCGCUCCCUCCUGGCGGCGUCAGGAAGCUCAGGGAUCGCCCUUCAGGAGACAUCCCCGCGGACCUUCCCUUUGAAAUGAAUGAAGUAGCCCCACUGUCUUCUGUUAUCUGAAAUCACGGCCACGGGUAUCAUUUCUGUGAGACAAUUGAGGGCUUGGGUGUUUGGGCCGUUUUCCCGUGCUUUUGAGGCCAGUGGAAAGUUUCCACCGUGCCUGUGGCUGUGGUCUUACAUCCCUCCUCACUCCUGCCCCAGGAUUUGGGAUUGCUUCUUCCCGUCGCCAGGGUUGUUCUGGAUGCGUCGCUGCCACGGGCAACCCGACCUCUGAAUUUUUUGGGGCUUGUUGGAAAAUGAGAGCCCGAGGCUCAGCAUCGUCCUGCGGAAGAAGCUGUGUCCUGAUGGCCGUGGAUGUGGGGAAGUCACCUUCUGAGGAGUCACUGAGCAGCAAGGCCGAGGGCGAUGCCAGGUGGGACAGCGCAGACACGGAGAGGGACUUCCCGGAGCUGGCAGGGAGCCUGCAGCAGCUUUUGGGGACAGAGGAAGCCCAGCCCGGCCUGCGAGGGACAGAGGGUGUGGCAGUGAGCAGACACAGUCACACGGCCACUGACCUUACCCACGGAGGCUCCAGCUGCCCCCCAGAAGUGCCUUCAGCAUCUGCACCCGGAUUUCCCAGAGCAAGAGUGAACUCCUCGGGGAAAGGGCUGUUAGUGGAUAGAGCUGCUGAUGGUGGCCCUGUGCCUUGUCGAGUUGGCCACUGGUUCCUCUCCUCAGAAGAAGAGCAGGUGAAGGCAUCGGGCGGUUGGGACCCGGUGUCCAGCCCUCCCAGCCGGCGCAGCUCUGCCGAGCAGAACGUCCUUGCUGGCAGCCGCCACGCUGCCCACGCUGGCCGUCGGAGACAGAGUCUGGGAGCUCAGUCCCCGUGUCCUUCCACCCCAGAGCUCCUGCGGCCCCAGACCCCGCCCAGCCCCGGGAGCGCCCUGCGGAGCCGCUCCGUGCUCAGCCUCUCUGCCGUGUCCUCAGAAGGGAACGGCCCCUCCGAGGAGCCCUCCGGAAGCUUGCCAGCCAGCGCGGAUGUCCCUUCUGCGGCCACCACGGCUGCCCAGGAGCUGUGCUGCCCAUGGCGGGUGGCAGGCAGGGCCCUGCAGAGGCGGGAGCCCCCGGGCGCUCUGCUCGAUUACCGCAGCUCCGUGGGGCGCAUCCGGGAGAUCUCCUCCUACCAAGCCGAUUACUGGGCCUGUGCCAUUCCGGAUUCACUGCCCCCAUCUCCGGACCGCAGCUCCCCCCACUGGAACCCCAACAAGGAGUACGAGGACUUGCUGGACUAUGCUUACCCUCUGAAGCCGAGGUACAAGCUGGGAAGGAUACCGGAGCCUUUCUUCCAUGACUCAGGAAUAGGUCUGGACAGCUUUUCUGCAUCUCCUGAGGGCAUGUCCAGGUCCACCAGCAUCUACGGCCGAGCUGGGCAGGCUCGGGGAAGCAGAGAAAAUGGACUUUGGGAGUUUGCAGCCUCUUCAGAGAGAUUCUCCACCCCAAAGCCUGGAAAAAGAGGCUGCUCAGGGGCUGUCCCAUACUUUGAACCUUCACCUAUUGCCAAAGCAUCAUUUACAAGGAGUGCUUCCUCUCACCUUUCCAGAGGUUUUGCUAAGGAUGUAAGGGUGGAAUCAUCUGAGCCAAGCUCACCUGGGCGCCCUGCUGCCGAUGGGAGAAGCUGGGCUACCAGAGGAAGCCCCUGCCCAAACUACACAGGGCAGGUGAAAAGCACCAGUAGGUUUUUACCCACCACAGGAGUGCUCCCCCUGAGGAAGGAGUGGGAGAGUGAUGAAGAAUUUCUUUCCCUGCCUCCAAGACUGAAGGAGCUGGAAAGGCUGGCUCAGUUUUUGUCCAAUCUUUCCUUAACUAUAAGGACGCCUGGGCAUGACCACCAGAACCUUGCACAUCACAGCACCAGCAAGGAGCCCAUUUCAUCUGGGCUGGCUCCUUUAGAAGAAGUGGGGGCUGGGGGUGACAGAGGGAAUACUGAGGGUUAUGCUGGGCUGUGGCAACCCUGCAGCUUCCAAAAGCCCAGCUGGGAAAGCACAGAAUCGAAUGGCUGGAUCCACAGGGAUCCUCCCCGCGGGCUUCAUCUACCACCUGGGCUCAGGGACACGUUGGAUGGGAUGUGCCUAAAUGAACCACGGGCCAAGGGGCAUCCAAAGAAGAGCCAGCAGAGCGAGUCCCUUAUCCAGUGUGUUAAGAUGUUUUGCUGCCAGCUGGAAGAGCUGAUCCGCUGGCUGUACAGCGUGGUGGAUGUCACCGGCAGCUGGGUGCCACCCUCGCCGGAUGCCGAGAGCGUGCUGGCCUCGCUGCACCGCUACCUGGAGUUCAGGAAGGAUGUGGCCGACCACCGGAGCCUGACUGAGAGCGUGCUGGAGAGGGGAGAAGCUCUCCUGGACUGCAUGGCGUCGAAUUCACCAGCUCUGAAGGACACGCUGGCUCUGAUUGCCAGACAGUCGGAGGAGCUCGAAAGCCACGCAGAGCACCUGUACAAGUCCAUCCUGGCUGCCGUGGGGCAGGACAAGGCGGGUGCAGCACACGGCUGCUCCCUGGGUGCUGCCUCUGUCAGACCUAGGCUGCGUUAGCCCAUCUCGGGAGGGCUGAGAAGAAUUGCAGCAAGCACCAAACCACCUCCAUCACCUCUCCAGAGAUGCCAAAAUCUGUGUCCAGUUGCCCACAGGGCUGAUUUCAGCGUGGGUUUGUGCCAUGGCUUGAGAAAGGUGUCCCGUACAGCAGGUGUGCUGGGAUGUCCAGAGCUGUGCAAGGAAUGUACAGCUGGCCUUUUCUGGUUUGUUUUUUUAACACAGCUUCCUUUUUUUUUAUUGAAGUGGGCUGUUCUGUGUUAGCAAAAUGUCAGGCAGUUUUUUAACUGAGCAAUCCAUAGUGUGCCGUGCGCUCGCUAAGUAAAGCCGUGUGAUUUUAAUAGCCCUGUCCUCAUGGUUUGUUUAUGCUCGUCAAAAAUAGGUGCAAGAAGCCAAGAAAUAGCAACUCCUGGUUCUUGGGAGCAAACUGAAGGCCUGUUUAUAAUUACCACUCCCUGCUGAAGCAGAGCCUACUUAACUUUCAGUUUUGUUAUUCAUAAACACAAAAAGCCGUAAUACUGAAUCCAAAUAAAAUAAUCAACAAGCGAGCUCAGGCAGGGAGGAGCCAGGUUCUGUGUAACCUGCUGGUACCUGCUGCUGGCAGGAGCUGCCUUAGUGCUGUGCUGGUGUCCUGGGGUGAAGUUGUGCCUUCCCCCCUUCCAGCUACUGCAGUUAAGUCACUCCUGAGAACAUUCAAGGGUUUCCACGCCCUUUCUGCAACAGAAAAAGGGCAGCUCUGAAGCAGCAUAAGGUAAGUGGCCAAAAAAAGUUACAGAAUGUUGGUACUUGGCUUUAAUUAACCUUUAACCUGAACGGUGGUGAUGUACUCUGCACAAGAACACGAUGAUUUCCUCCCAUGCCUGUGAACAGAACAGAAAGAAGUUUCUGUUCUGCACAAGCAGAAGGUGAAAGCAAAGUUAAACUGAAGCAGUUACAGCAAAUAAUUCAUUGGGGUUUGUGGGGGAGGGUUGGUAUUCUCCCAUCUUCUACAUCCUUGGCUUGAAGGACAAAUUUUUUUGGCCCAUUGUGGCACAAAUAUUCAAUAUUUCAGCUCACAGCUAAGAAACAACAGUGCCUUUUCCCAGGAGUUUUAGGCCUGCUCAUCACACAGCUCAGCCUGACAUCCCCAGGCUUCAGCCUGGAACAGCCUGAGCCCAGUGACCCAUUGGUGACUGAGGGGGAAACAAAGAACCACCAAACACCUGGUGUAGCCCAACUGGUUUUGCAAUGCUUUUAUUACUGUAUAUAUUAACAUUGGUUUGGAUAGUAUGUAGCAGGCAUCUCGACAUUGAAGUUCAUUUGUGCACUCUCUGCAGGGAAGAUGUUUUACCCUCAACACACCUCCUUCUGCUUCACGUCCUGAUCUCAGCAGCUCUCACUGCUCCUCCUGCUCCUGAGAGCAGCAGGUCACAUUUAUAAUGAAUUAUACCAACAAGCACAUCUCUACUAGAAAGCACAUCACUUUAUUGUGAAGGUCUCAAGUGGAAGAGUUCAACUUAACCAUGACAAUACUUUAUGUAUUACAAUUGCCUGUUGAUUUAUGCAACUAUGUUGAAGAAAGCUGUUAGCCAAAGUCACCCCCCCAAAAAAAAAAAUCAGAGGAUAUUUGCACCAGUUUUAGUUUAUACCUCACAACAUACCUAGGCUAUAUUUUUACUAUCACAGGGUGUAUUUACUACUAGGGGAAUGUUACAUGGUCUUUCAAACAUGAGACUAUUUACAGAAUAGGCUGAACAUUUGAGUUUAGAUAAAGCUGAACAAUUUUACAUGUAUAGGAAGUGUUAUAGGCUAGCUUUCCUGUGGCUUUUAGCUAGACAUCAGGCACUAAUGAUUUGAUUAGCUCUGUACAAAGAAUCACACACCAUCCAAAACCUCUUGGCUGCUGGUUAGUUCCAAAUUGUUUGAGAAAGCGCCUACUUUGAGCAACAGUAUGGUGGGGGCCUUGCUAUCCCCAUGUCACCCUCCUGGUGCCUCGCUGCAGAAGGGAACAGAAGCUAAGCUGUUGCACUAAGUCAGAAGAUACUGAUUAAAAGAGGAUGGAAGUAACAGUAUAUAGAAAAGACAUAAUAUACUGGUAGAAAGUCAUACCUCCUCAAGGUUUCACUGAAAUCAUUCGUGUUAGGGAAAUACUGUUCUCUCCCCUGCUAUGCAAAGCUGACGGGAAUUCCCUACAUAGAGUCCUUGAGAAAUAAAUUAAGUUCCAAGACUAAGUUAGGGAACUGUUGUACAUUCAGAGUGCAUUAUGCCUUGUGAACCUUGGCUGGGUGUUUCUGGUACAGCACUCGUGCCUUAAGCACCAUGACAGCUCGGGCUUUGGGGCCACAGUCACUGGGCGAGUUGCAGGGAAGGUCUGAGAGCCAUGGCUGCACACACAGAUAUGUUGUUUUGUGCACAAUGCAAGCCUGAUUUCCCCCUUAGCCAUACAAAUUAAGACAAUAUUUAUCACCAUACAGUUUGAUAUUACUUCUAAUAAGUACAAUAUUUAUUAAACAUUUCUUCAGUUUUGUUACAUAUUGUGCAACAAAUUACAAUAUUCUGCAGCCACAAAUUAUAUGCAGAGUAUGAAGAAACUAUUAAUCAGAUAGUGUGAUCUCUCCAUUUAUAAUUCUACAAGAAGGAACUAGCAAAUCAGAUCUUACAUAUAUCUUACUAAAUUUUAUGCAUGGAAAGUGACAGACACUGUUGUGCUGUUUGAUACAAAAUGGCUAAACUUCAUCUUCAGAAGACUAAACCUGACAUCUAAACAUGCCAAUAGAAACAUCAAAACAAAAAUACAUCCUAACCAACCACAGGAAACAGUCUGGUAUCAGGAAAAGCAACAAGGAUUACACGUUUAUAAACCAGCACACAAAGGUUUAAAACAGUUCUGAAAAUGAAGUUAGCUGUCUUGAGUCAAGGGAAUAAAAAAAGUCAGUAUUGACCAUUUACAAUCUCUGACCUUUGUGGAGACGGUAAGAAUCUGUUGUAGUGCAGCUACAUACAGUACAAUUCAGGCAAAUUUUUUUUUUUCACUUGGGUUCAGAUUGCAAAUUCAUUGUUGUGAGACAAAAGGGGGGAGGCAAGUUUUAGCAGCAACCUCCACUAGACUGCUUGACUGGAGUGCUCUGAAUUUUAACAUUGGACUUCUCUGCACCACCAGCUGUUGCUCCCGGACCCAUUCGUUUUUUAAUCUCGGCAGCCAUGGUCAUGAAAGACUGUUCUACAUUUGUGGCAUUCUUUGCACUGGUUUCCAAAAACGGAAUUCCAAGAGAA